GUGAGGUCUUACUAUAUUGCCCAGGCUGGUUUCGAACUCCUGGGUUCAAGUGAUCUUCCCGCCUCUGCCUCCUGAAGUGCUGGGAUCAUAGGCAAGAGCCACUGUGCCCAGCCAUUAUAAUACAGCCUUUUGUUUGAAAUGCAAAUGUUAGUGGGCCAAAAGGACAGUGUUAUUAAUAUCCCUAUUCUAUGAAGAUGUCUGUUCUAAAACUGUUUUAGUGAUGCUCUCUAACAGAAUCAACUAUAUCCAUUAAUCCCAUGGUGUUGAUAAAUUAGCUAGUCCAGCUCUUCCCAGUGGUUAAUAGAUGUUAACAGCACUGUAAAUCCAUUUCGGCCCUGUAAUUUCUGAAGCAAACAUGUAUUUUUGCUGCUUUUCUUAUAAGGAGAUGCUACUAAUUGACUAUCAGAAGAACAUGUUUUGAGGUCCUCCUCAAAACAUUGAUGGGUUGGAAUCAGCCAUCAAGUGUUGUACCAGUUCUUGGGUCUUGAUAGACAAUUUGGAAAGAGAUUUCCUUGUUUACGAAGUGAAGGACUAAGAAAGAAUUAAAUUAAUGACCUUGGCCUCACUAGCAAUCAAUUACAAAUCUCUAUAUCAGUAAGAGAAUUGUAAAAUUCAGAAGCAGUUUACAUCAGACUUUGGAAUGAAUGAUGAACUUUCCCCAUUAGAGCUGCCAUCAUAUGAUUGGUGGAGAUUGUUUAAAGAAUCAUUCUAUCUCAGCCUCAAAAAUUACCAUGGGAAGAUGGUAUCAGUAUCACUACUUAACAGAUGAAGAAUCUAAUGCUGUGUGCCUAUGGACACACAAAAUUAAGCUGUUGGGACUUGAACAGCUCAAAUUUUCUUGUUUCAGAUCACCAGCUCUUGAGUAAUAGGGAAAUCUGGAGAUUUGAAAAGUACUUGCACUGUCCACAACAUGGCUAAUCCAUAUGUGGAUGAUGCAGAAUUGAUUUAAUUCACUAACAGGGACCCCAUAAUUAUUUGCUGGGCUCUGCGUAUAUUAAUGUGUAGGAAGUUGUACUAUAUGUUAAUAAAUUAGGACUAUUUGGGUAGGCUGAAUUCAUACUAAAUCCAUACCGUAUGUAGUUCAGCAAAAAACAACAAUGUGUUUAUAUAUACAUUUGGAAACUGCAGUGACAGGAAACAUUUGGAAGAAAGGGUUGUGCCCUAGAAUGACACAUAAGGAAAGUAGAGAAUUAGAGUAUAUUGUUACUCAAUGUUCCAGAGACUUCUAGUGAUUUUAACACUGUUAUUAAGUAUAAUAGCAUGUUGAUGGGGAGAUUUGUUUCUCUAAAGAUCACUUCGUUUUAUUAAAUCCUAAUAGAAAAUACCCUUGAAAAUCCUAUCUCAUUUAUUCCUGUAACAAAUUUAUUGAGCACCUACCUACUAUAUGCCAAGAAAUGUAUUAGCCAUCAGGCAGAGAGCUGUUCAAAUGGUAGAUAUGAUCUGUGCUCCUGUGAAACUUCUAGUGGGGAGAGCCAAACAAUAAACAAUAUUCCUUUUUAACUCUAGGUUAAUGCAGAAAUGGGUAAAGCCCAUGUUGCUUUUGGGAGAGGUGAGUUGUGUCUCUGAAUCACAUGCAUUUCAUAGGGGGAAAAAUGCCCAAAUACUAAGGAGUAGCUCUUAGCCUAUGUCCGUUCGCCUCAGCUUAAGUUGUUUUCCCUCCCACUGGCUGGGCAGCGUAUUUGUGUUUUACCUGGUAAAACAGUAAAUUUCAUACCUUCUAUAAUUGGCAUUCUUCAAAGAGGUAGAACUUUGAUUUUUUUGUAGAAUAUUAAAACAAGCUUUCUUAGGUUAAAGAAGUGAUCUUACUACGAACAGCAAUGGUUUCAUGAUGUGUAAUUGCUUUAUGUUAUCUUUCUGCUAUAGAAUGUUUCCUGGAGAAAGGUAUGGUUUUUAGUAAUAAGAUAAAUUUACUUUAGUUCUGAAAAUAAGGUGAAAUCUUAUGUCCAGUAUCUCACAAAGGAGAACUGACAGUGCGACUUUUAUAUUUAAUGUCAAUCUCAUUAGACAAAAAUGAAAUAUAGUUCCUAGGGUUUCCAAUUAAAGUGAAAUAGUAAAUAUAUUCACUCAAACAUUUUCUCAGUGCCAUAUACAAGUUACCAUGUCCCGGAAGCUGAUACAGUUUGAGGAAGGAAAUAUAUAAGUACUGUAAGCCUGUGAUAACUAAAAGCAACAUAUUAAAAAGUGAAGGUACAGAUAAUUGCAACAAAUUUAAUAGUGUUUAAAAGUGUAUUUGGUAAUUUCUCCAGGAGGUGGCACUGUUGAGUUGUUUUUCUUUUCAGACAGUAAGACAAUAGACCAUUCAUCUUUGUGUCACCCAAACAAAGAAAUAUUCCUUUAUAACCCCCUUUCCUCCCCCCACCUAAUCACAUGCUACUGGAACUGACUGUCUUGUGAUCUACUCCCAUAGUUGGCAUAGAUUUAAAAAUAAUCUUUUUAAAAUUAAUCUGAUAGUAGUUAUGAAAAGGAACAAAUUGUUCACCAAUUUUCAUCAGCUUUAUCUUAUCAGUCCAGUAACUGAGAACUUAAAAGACUAUUCUAGUGAUUUUACUAUCCUGCUCAGAUGGCAUUCAAAAACAUUUUUCACUUCUCACGUCUUACUAUGGUGGUUUUGGAAAAAUUUGUAAGUCUUUGUGUUUGAAAGUUAAUGUGACUGGAAGUAUUUUAAUGUAAAUAUCGGGUUGGGUGCAUUGUAUCAUUUUGCUCUACAAUGACUAUACCCUCAUUUGGGCUUAUGGCCAGUUUAUAGUUAAAAGUAAUCUUUACUUGCUUUGAGUGUAACGACUUGCAUAUUUUGUAUCUUUCUAUUUGCUACUUUUUCUACUGAACAAUUUCUAGCUUCUAAAGGGAUGGAGUCAGUAAGUUUAAGGAUUCAGAACUGGUUUUACCUGUGCUACGUGUUGUAGAAGUUGUGUGUGCAGCUUCUGCGGUAAAGGGAACACCGUAGGGGUUUUAUUUUAUUCAUUAGAGGUGGAUCGGGGUGCUAAUUUAGAGGACAUCACAUACUGGAACCAAACUUCUCCGAAGCUCUCACUUCAGAGUUAAGGCAUUUUGGUAAAAUAAAUGUGCAUCUAGGAAAUGAUCAUGUGUACAGUAGGCAUUGGAUCAUUCUCUUGCCCCCUUUUACCUGCCCCUAAUGCCUAAGCUACAUUCGAAGUCCUGGAAAACCUGUAAGUAAUUCCGCCUUUGGCCUACCUCCCCGCAGAAGAGGAAGGCGAGAGAGGCCAAACGUAUGGAAAAACUAUUCUUCAGGCUUGCAGGAGUCACGGAUGUCCUGAUGUCUUUCUCCGUAGGAUGUGGCCCAUACCAGUUCGCAUUCACCUUCUUGCAGCAAGGCAGCUGCUUAGCAGACAAUGGGCGCUCCAGUGAGCGGGGUUUAUAAAAACCCGAAGCCCCGGUUCAUGAUGGAGCCCCCUUUUCCAGCUGAGCGAGCUCAGGGAUUUCCUGGGUAGGUUUUCCAGGCUCUGCCUCACCGAAGGAAUUUUAGGAGUGUCUCUGGGGAACAGGAGGGACGUAACCCAGCCCCAACUUGAGGGCGCUAGAGUUGCAGCAAGGGGUAGCGACGCCAGGAGCCCCGGGCUCGGCGGGAAGGUAGGAGAAGCUCCUACGUGAACUCCACAAGCCGGGCCCGGGAGACGCCGGGCGAGGCGGGGUUGACCUCAGCAGUCUCUGCCACGUUCCAGCCAAUCAGUCCCGCAUCUUAGCAUCCGAAUCCAGGACCCCCGAAGCCAGAGGCGACGCGAGCCAAUGAGGAGUGGGCCGGGGAAGAGGGACAGGCGGCCAGCCUAUGGGGCGGAGAGGCCCGGCCGCGCGUAUCCAAGGAGCGCCGCGCUCGGCUCGGGGGUGUGGCGCGCGCCGGCGGGGGUGGGCGGGCGCGCCGGGCGGCAGGUGUCGGCGUCGGCGGCAUUCGGCGGCGAUGGAGCGGCACCGGGUAGCUGCGGACGGCCUCUCGCGCUGGCCCCACGGCCUCGGCUUCCUCCUCCUCCUGCAGCUGCUGCCACCGGCGACCCUCAGCCAGGACCGGCUGGACGCGCCGCCGCCGCCCGCUGCGCCGCUGCCGCGCUGGUCUGGCCCCAUCGGGGUGAGCUGGGGGCUGCGGGCGGCCGCAGCCGGGGGCGUGUUUCCCCGCGGCGGCCGUUGGCGUCGCAGCGCGCCGGGCGAGGACGAGGAGUGCGGCCGGGUCCGGGACUUCGUCGCCAAGCUGGCCAACAACACGCACCAGCAUGUGUUUGAUGAUCUCAGAGGCUCAGUAUCCUUGUCCUGGGUUGGAGAUAGCACUGGGGUCAUUCUAGUCUUGACUACCUUCCAUGUACCACUGGUAAUUAUGACUUUUGGACAGUCCAAGCUAUAUCGAAGUGAGGAUUAUGGGAAGAACUUUAAAGAUAUUACAAAUCUCAUCAAUAACACCUUUAUUCGGACUGAAUUUGGCAUGGCUAUUGGUCCUGAGAACUCUGGAAAGGUGGUAUUAACAGCAGAGGUGUCUGGAGGAAGUCGUGGAGGAAGAAUCUUCAGAUCAUCAGAUUUUGCGAAGAACUUUGUGCAAACAGAUCUCCCUUUUCAUCCUCUCACUCAGAUGAUGUAUAGCCCUCAGAAUUCUGACUGUCUUUUAGCUCUCAGCACUGAAAAUGGCCUGUGGGUGUCCAAGAAUUUUGGGGGAAAAUGGGAAGAAAUCCACAAAGCAGUAUGUUUGGCCAAAUGGGGAUCAGACAACACCAUCUUCUUUACCACCUAUGCAAAUGGCUCCUGCAAAGCUGACCUUGGGGCUCUGGAAUUAUGGAGAACUUCAGAUUUGGGAAAAAGCUUCAAAACUAUUGGCGUGAAAAUCUACUCAUUUGGUCUUGGGGGACGUUUCCUUUUUGCCUCUGUGAUGGCUGAUAAGGAUACAACAAGAAGGAUCCACGUUUCAACAGAUCAAGGGGACACAUGGAGCAUGGCCCAGCUCCCCUCUGUGGGACAGGAACAGUUCUAUUCUAUUCUGGCAGCAAAUGAUGACAUGGUAUUCAUGCAUGUAGAUGAACCUGGAGACACUGGGUUUGGCACAAUCUUUACCUCAGAUGAUCGAGGCAUUGUCUAUUCCAAGUCUUUGGACCGACAUCUCUACACUACCACAGGCGGAGAGACGGACUUUACCAACGUGACCUCCCUCCGCGGCGUCUACAUAACAAGCGUGCUCUCCGAAGAUAAUUCUAUCCAGACCAUGAUCACUUUUGACCAAGGAGGAAGGUGGACGCACCUGAGGAAGCCUGAAAACAGUGAAUGUGAUGCUACAGCAAAAAACAAGAAUGAGUGCAGCCUUCAUAUUCAUGCUUCCUACAGCAUCUCCCAGAAACUGAAUGUUCCAAUGGCCCCACUCUCAGAGCCGAAUGCCGUGGGCAUUGUCAUUGCUCAUGGUAGCGUGGGGGAUGCCAUCUCAGUGAUGGUUCCAGAUGUGUACAUCUCAGAUGAUGGGGGUUAUUCCUGGACAAAGAUGCUGGAAGGACCCCACUAUUACACCAUCCUGGAUUCUGGAGGCAUCAUUGUGGCCAUUGAGCACAGCAGCCGUCCUAUCAAUGUGAUUAAGUUCUCCACAGACGAAGGUCAAUGCUGGCAAACCUACACGUUCACCAGGGACCCCAUCUAUUUCACUGGCCUAGCUUCAGAACCUGGAGCUAGGUCCAUGAAUAUCAGCAUUUGGGGCUUCACAGAAUCUUUCCUGACCAGCCAGUGGGUCUCCUAUACCAUUGAUUUUAAAGAUAUCCUUGAAAGGAACUGUGAAGAGAAGGACUAUACCAUAUGGCUGGCACACUCCACAGACCCUGAAGAUUAUGAAGAUGGCUGCAUUUUGGGCUACAAAGAACAGUUUCUGCGGCUACGCAAGUCAUCCGUGUGUCAGAAUGGUCGAGACUAUGUUGUGACCAAGCAGCCCUCCAUCUGCCUCUGUUCCCUGGAGGACUUUCUCUGUGAUUUUGGCUACUACCGUCCAGAAAAUGACUCCAAGUGUGUGGAACAGCCAGAACUGAAGGGCCACGACCUGGAGUUUUGUCUGUACGGAAGAGAAGAACACCUAACAACAAAUGGGUACCGGAAAAUUCCAGGGGACAAAUGCCAGGGUGGGGUAAAUCCAGUUCGAGAAGUAAAAGACUUGAAAAAGAAAUGCACAAGCAACUUUUUGAGUCCGGAAAAACAGAAUUCCAAGUCAAAUUCUGUUCCAAUUAUCCUGGCCAUCGUGGGAUUGAUGCUGGUCACAGUCGUAGCAGGAGUGCUCGUUGUGAAGAAAUAUGUCUGUGGGGGAAGGUUCCUGGUGCAUCGAUACUCUGUCCUGCAGCAGCAUGCAGAGGCCAAUGGCGUGGAUGGUGUGGAUGCUUUGGACACAGCCUCCCACACUAAUAAAAGUGGUUAUCAUGAUGACUCAGAUGAGGACCUCUUGGAAUAGCUCUUCAGAGGAGCUGGACCCGGCAUGGAUGGUGGAACCACAGUACCUCUUACACUCCCUGUGGCCCCAACUUCGGGAAAUAAAUUUCCCAUUGCGAGGGACCCAGCUCUGUUUCUGCUGCUUCCAUCAAAGCCAAAAGGACCUACACUAAAGAAAUGCAGGGUGGGGGUGGGGAACCCUGAGCACUUUUUUACAAUUGGCUCUGAGAAAAAGGGGGACAUUUUAAAUUCUUUAACUUCUUAUUUCUUGUCCUGUCUCUUUGCAAAGUAUGGGCUUUUGUUUUUGUUUUUUAAGGGAAACGAAAUGGAAUUCGAAGGGACCUUUUCACUAACCCCACUUCUGUGUGUUCUGCAUGGCGCCUGCCCCAGGGCAUCUGCCACUCCAGCAUCAGCUCUCACAGUGUACUUGGUACCAUCCCUGGGCUCUGCUGGCGAGACAAAACAGCUGUAGAGAUGAAAACAGGCUGCAGAGGCUGGUACAGCCUGGCCGGCUUUUCUCCAUCUGGAGACAGUCCUACUCCAAGAACACUGCACACCAGCUCCUCACACAGAUCCCACUUACUUUUUUUUUUUUUUUUUUUCAGAGACCACAGACCACAGUGAUUUUUCUUUUCCCUUGUUUAAUUAGGCAAUACCCUUGUUAAUUGCCCUUUGGCAACUAACUUAACCAUGUGCUUCCCACACAGUACAUCAGGAAAACUUACAGGGCAAUAUUUUUAACUUGGGGCAGGAAGAAGGGAGCAGCAGAGAAUUGACUAGAUUUAGCACCUAUUAAAAGAGAAACCCUUGCUUCUUCUGAGAUUUUUCAAGCUGUGCUUUGUGUGUGUGCCGGUAGACUUACUCAAGGACAGGGUACAAACUUAGCUGGAAGUCUGCCCAGGCUCAAUGAUCUCUUCCCUAGAGUUGAUUGUCGGGUACACAGUGUGGCCCCCCGAAGACGGAACCUCACAGUCUUCCAUGUUCCCUUCUUAACUGUCGUGUGGCUCGUUGCUAAAUCAUGACAGUGGCUGCCUAUCUGCUGCUUCUUAGGUUGCUGUUGUACAUGGAACCAGGACUAGAGAUUUUUUCAGAUUUGUAGACUUAAAAAAUUAGAAUUUUAUUACCAGGCUCUCCUUCUCACCCCUUUUUUCUGGCUUUGCCAAGUAAUUUGUUGACACGAAAAUUUUGGAGGAACCAAUUGAAAACACACUUCCAGUCUAGAUGAUGCUUUGUGUGAUACAUUCUUAUUUUGGAUUAAAAGAAGUUUUCCAUUUGAUAGUUCUCUAAAUUAAAUAAAUUAUAGAAUGUAGUUGGGUGGAUUUUGGGGUGGCCAUAUAGUAAUGGAAAGCUGCAAUAAUUAGUUUUAAUACAGCUUGAAUAUUUGCUAUAUAGAAAUAUAGUAUGGAAAGUUUUUGGUCUUAAUGUAGCUACUGUGCGGGUCACAGUUUCUCCCAAUGAUUAUGACUGGGACAUUCUUUGGUAGAUACCAUUUGCCACUAGUUUAUUUUGUGGCUAGAAAGUCAGUUUUGUGUGUUUUUUUUUUUUUUAACUUAAAGUGCCAAAUUAACUUUUGUCAGAAUGUGAGCAGAUGGCUAAGUUCUCUUCUCCCCAGAAUGGAUUAACAGCUGCGUGGAAAGUGGGGGAGAGAGUGGAUGGAGACUUUUAGAGACGUUAAAACUGCAGUAGAAUUAAAUGAGUCAGGGAACUUCAGUUAGAAAAUAAAGUUAAGGCAGUUUUUGUGAAGAUAAUAUGGUUAGGGCUGGAGUGCACUAGUCUUUUUGCUUAUUCAUUUUGCAUGGUUUUAAAAUUAAAAAUAAUUCCAAAGAUACACCAGUUCGCAAAUGAAAACGUCAGCCUCUGUCCCACCCUCCUGCCCAAAGUGAAUUUGAUACUCAGAAAAGAACUGUUUACACCACUCACCUUUCUCCCAACAUGUACUCACUGUGGGUAGAUGCACCAAUACAUGGUAAUCCUCUUACUCGUUUUAAGACGUAGGAAACUUAAUAUUCUUCUCUAACCAUAUACAAUAGGGCUCUUCGCUUUUAAUGAUAUCUGGGAUUUCUGUGGAACUUGGCAAAUUUUCAGAGCACCUUCACUCACAUAAUGUCAUUUGAACCUCACAAUGUUCUUGGGAUGGAAUCAGUUGUUCAGGGUCCCCGUGUGUGUGAUAAGCAGUGCUGGCUGGCUGUCUUCAGAACUCUUGGAAAUCUUUACACAUGCGAGUGCUGACCACUUUGAGCAGGGCUGCCUUCUUGUAGAUGACUUGCUGUUCUUUAUGACAGGGAUCAGUGGCAUUUGUUUCCAAGCAGUAUUUAGUACCUUUUUGCCACCUUGGUGAACAGAAAAUUGUGUUUUCCUGUCUUUCAUGGCUGAAAACAAAAGUAAUGGGAAUUUUAAAUAUGUUUGCAGAAACUGCCCCUCCCCUCAUUGAGGGUCACUGCUCAAGAGUGCAGGAGUGAACUCUCCACUGAUGGGUCUCCCUCCCCAUCCUGGUUUCCACCCCGGGCUGGCUAGCUCCGUUGGUUUGAAGACUGACAGCCAGCCUGGCUCAUUCUCAUUAUUGGCUAGAUAGCUUUCUUUAUCAAUCUGCUCACUCACAAAUGUAUGCCCUCAGCCAGAGAGUAAGACAGCCCAAAUCCGUUACAGCUUCUAAAAAAAUAGAUUUCUAAUUUGUCCUACUCAUGUUAGGAGCAUUAUCUUUGAAGGUAAAACAUAGUGUAUCAUUGUGUAAACUCCCAGGCUUGAUGUAGCUGAAGAGAUCAUUUCUGGAGGCUUCAGCAAUGGAAUUUAGCAUUAUAAGAGAGACUGGACAUACCAGUCCAAAGUGGUCCGAGUUCUUAAAUCCAGGUAGGGAACCCACUCUUCUUUCUUCUCUGGACCUAAUUGGGCAUUGGGCUUUAGUGAGACCACAGACCAGGCAACUCUAUUUCGAAGAAUAAAAGCCUUUGGAGAGUUGCGGCAGUUCUGGGGGCGGGCUCAGGAGAGUCCAGAGAUCAGUCGUAACUGGAACUUAGAAUCUACGUCUGCCUCUGAAUGGACUUCCCACCUCCUCUCUCUUGCUCUGAGGCUUGCCUCUGGGCCUCUCCAUGCCCAAGCUGGUCUUUCAUCCUUGACAGGCUGGUAAUGUGCUGGCCACCUCCAGCUCCUGCAUCGAGUCUAUAAACCAGAGCUGGUUCUCAUGGCCUUCGUCACGAUACCAGGAUACGGAGAGGAGCCCAGGGCCAUCCACACCCACCCCAGGGUAACAGGGCUGGCCUGGCAUUAGUCAUUAUUUAGUUUUCAGGCCAACCAUCCAGGUAGAGAUUCCCUCUUUCCUUUGAGCAGUGCUCACAAGAGCUCCGUGCCUGUCCACAAUGACCUAGAGUGCAUCCUGCUCAUUGUCAGUGUUGCCCCUCGCCCCUAUAUUCAUCCAGGAUACUUGGAACUGCUAAAAUAGGAAGGGAUUCGGCUUUCAACUUUGCCACCAUCUUCCCUGAAGCAGGAAAAUGAACAUGGACUUAAAUGUCCUUUGAAAAAAACCAAAGUUUUAAGAUUUGCUGUGUGAUGAAGUGACAGGGAGGGCCGGAGUCAGCAGGUGCCAGACUUUCUGUUCCAUCUGCCAUGGGUCUGUCCAGUACAGGUAGCUCUAGGAGCACCAUCCUGCCCUAGCAGAGCCCAGGCCUUGCCCUCAUGAAGCAUCAUUGAAAUAGCAGGAGCAUGUUGAUUUCUUGGUUAGGUUGCAUUAUAAUAACAAGAGUCAGAACAUUAAUUCAAAACAACUUGCAGUAUGCAUUUCUUCACACCAGUACAUUCUUAAGUGUACUUGUUUAUAAGGAAUAACAUAAACUAAUCUGUACCUUUAUAUAUAUGUGUGUGUACAUAUAUACAUAUAUAAACUGUAUAGUGUACAUGGUAAUGAUUUAUUGCUAUUCCCCAGAUCCUUAAUGUAGUUCUCAUCCUCCGCAUGCCCUCAGCCACAAGCGGGUGACUGACUGUUCCCGGAUGAUUUGGCCCACCUCCUGUGUUUGGACCUCUAGGGAGGAGGGUUUUGGUCAUACUCUCCUUAUCCUCGUGCACAGAAAUGCUCAGGGUCCCCAUGUGCCUGUUGUUCAACCCUCUCUCUUGUUCCCUUUCUGAGCAUGUGGUCCUUCCCCAAGCUGUGGGACAGCUGCCUUCCUAAGAAAGUGUAAAGCAGUAUUAAGAUCAUUACUGCAUGUGCCCUAAAAACCCAAGUUUUCUAUUCCCUUGGGACAGAAAAUUGCAUGUGAGGUGGGAUAAUCGAGUUUCAGUGACCCACAUCAGUUACACAUUAAAGCCAGACCCCAUAAUAAAAUUCCACAAAAUGGAAAUAAAACUCAAAUUUCUUUAGCAUUGUGUAAAUAAAUCUGAAUGUGUUUAACUUUGUACUGGUAAUUUUCUGUAUAUUUGGAAUAUUUGGGUUAAAAAUAAAACAGACUGGACUUUGUUACCUGA